UUAGCUGAUGGUUGGCGUUAUUAGAUGUUAGAUCUGUCCCCUAUCCGGUGGACAACUGGUCAGCAAAGGAAAGAAGUUUGAUUCUGAAAUGCACAAUGGAUGUGAAAUUUGUAGACAUCCUUUGAUAUGUGGGGAUUCCAUUAUGUGUAGAGCAUAGAUCAGGACGAAUCAAUACAGAAAUGGCAAAUGCAAAAAAUGAAACUGUAAAGGUUGUCACAAAAGAGGCAGGGUCAAAGUUUAUUGAAGAAAACGAUUUGGAUUUAUUUUCACUCGAAAAUGAAACGGACUGUGUUAGCGAAAUGAAGCAACUGAUCAAAAAUAAUGAAAGCAAUUGUCGCGUAAGGCCGUCGUCUCUGGUUUAUAGAAGUUGUUUUUCUGUUCCAUGUGAUCUCCCUAUUCUUCAUUCUAUGCACGAAGAGGAAGAAGAUAUUGAAUCAUUAGAGGAGAAUGAAAAUAGUGGUAAAAUGGAAAAUUGCAAGCGAGAAAGCAUGAAUUUUUGUGGAAAUAUAGAAGAAGAAGGAGAUGAAGAAAGUGAAUUGAAUGAAAUUAAUAAGCAGAGCACAAACAAAAAGCCAGCAAGUCACGAAAAUAAUGCUCCACAAGAUAUGACUCAGAAUGAAAGUGGCAGUAGAUCCUCUUCACCAACUCUGUUUGCAAUGUUUCACAACUUCAGAAACAGAAGUCGAAGUCGCAUCACCAGUAGUCCUGACCUAUCUCGUUCAAUCGCUUCAUUCAACAUGCUGCGCCAACAACAGCAAACCUCAAAUCCUAUACAAUCAUCACUUCCAAAUCGAAACCAACAUGGACAAGUAGUUCGAAACACUAGAGUCAGACACAGUAGUUACGAAUACUCACCUAAUUCAGAUAACGGUAGUAGUUUCAGUGGGAACGAUCAAAGCCCCGUUUUCCUUCGUUCAUUGCCUUACCGUAGUAAACGAAUUCGACCCCGAGUUUCCGAAUCUCUUCCUUUUACUCACGAACUAUUUAUGUUGGGAAGACGACGGAGUUCAUCACCAAAACCUUUUAGUCAGUUAUCGAGAUUUCAUGAUCAUCAGCAUUACCAUUAUUAUCACCAACACCACCCUCACAGGCGAUCAUCGGACAUCAGUCCUCUUCACCAAAGUAUUCUUCUGUCCGACGAACUUCAUGCAUUCUUGACAUCCUGUAACUGUGCAAGACUUCGAGGAGUUUUCCCACUCAAUUUUACUCUUCAGCAGUUUCGCGCACUUUCGGAGGAUGAUUUACAGGAGGAGUAUGGUGUGAGUGAGAUGAAAGAUAGAGAAGACCUCAUGAGGGCGGUGGCGAGAUCGAAAGAGGUUGCAGACGACGACGAGGAAGAGAAAGAGAGAGAACGGGAGAGUGAUCCUGAAUUUAUGUCUCCGCCUUCUUCGAAUUUACAUCAUCUGAAAUCUGUUGCUGGGAGUCAAGAUCUUACAGCGAGUGUUUCUAGAAGCUGCAAAAUUCGUCGUCAAUUGUCUGAUAACGCCUUAGCUAGACGUGGAAGCAUAUGUGGACCUAUUACAGGAAAAUACGGAAAACGAGAUUCGGUGUUCGCUAGCUAUGAUGGUCAUCUCGGUGCUGGAUUUGGAGGAGAAACAAGCAACCUCGUGCGUAUGCGAAACAAGCUGAUGGGAAAUUCUGCCCCCUCGUUGACAACGGCUGUGAAAGAACAGUUAUCAUCAUCUUACUCGUUUUCAAGAAGAGGGAGCAUAGCAACGCCGACAAGAAAUUCAUCAAACCGUCGCAGUCUCAUUGGGCUUUCAAGCACUUCACCCACAUUACCCAGGCCCCAUUCACCAGGACUAUCCGCUCAAGUAUGCAGCCCGAUGGACAGUCCUCGGAACGUUUCACCAAAUAAUGCAGCUCAUUUUUCAUUCAACUCUGCUGCUGGAAUAAUACAAAGUUCCAUGGUAAAAACACGAUCUUCUGGCGCCCCUGCUGUAUCUGUAUUGGAAGGAAGGCGAUGGUCAGUGGCAUCCCUACCAUCAAGUGGUUACGGCACAAAUACACCAUCUUCAACAUUGUCUUCUUCUGCCUGUUCUUCUCAGGAAGGACUGCACCAACUGCCAUAUCAACCUACUCAAGAGGAUAUCCACUUUUUAUCAAAUCAAUUCCAUUCAAAUGAAAGUAUAAAUGAAGAUGAAUCAGAAUAUCUGACACGAUAUCAAUUCUGUGAAGGUCGACGGAGCCCCUAUCGACCUCGAUCUCGCAGUCUAAGCCCAGGAAGGAUGAUGUCUCCUGCAGUUGAUUCUGAAGUGAUUAUGAUGAAUAAUGUAUACAGAGAAAGAUUUCCAAACGCCAAAGCUGAAAUGGAAGAAAAAUUGAAAGAUUUCAUCGAUUCGUGCUCAUCGGACCAGCAAAAACCUGUGGCAGAUGCAACUUGGAGUUUCGUGCACCACCAAGUAUAUGAAAUGGCUCGUGCAUGCCUCGGAAAAUCGCAAGAUGGCCUCAUCACUGCAAAUUAUUUUUAUGAGCUAUCAGAAAAACUUGAAAUGUUGAUGGUCGAUGCUCAGGAAAAAUCGACGAAUGGAGGAGGGAGUAUUGUGAAAUUAAUUCGAAAACUUUUGAUGAUUGUUGCUCGUCCAGCUAGACUUCUCGAAUGCUUGGAAUUCAAUCCAGAGGAAUUUUAUUUGCUAUUGGAAUCUGCGGAAUUUGUGGCGAAAGAAGGAAAGCAUUGUAUAGAAACAGACAUUCCAAGAUAUAUCGUCCAACAACUUGGUCUUAACAAAGAUCCUGUUGAAGAAAUGAAAUCUCUGUCAAAACAUAAAUCAUCUUCGAGUGAGAGUGAGAGCGAUGCGGAGGGGAAAGGCCGAGAUCAAAAUCGAGAUCGAAUGAUUGUGUCUGAAGAUGACUUUGUAAUUAGCAAGUUAAUCAGCAAUGGAGCAUAUGGAGCGGUGUAUCUUGUGCGUCAUAAAGAAACUAAACAAAGAUUUGCAAUGAAGAAAAUUAACAAACAAAACUUGGCUUUACGAAACCAGAUUGAACAGGUAUUCGCAGAACGGGACAUUCUAACAUUCGUAGAAAAUCCUUUUGUUGUAACAAUGUAUUGUUCUUUUCAAACUAAACGUCACUUGUGUAUGGUGAUGGAAUAUGUAGAGGGAGGAGAUGUGUCAACACUUAUUAAAAAUAUUGGACCCCUUCCCAUUGAGUUGGCUCAAAUGUACUUUGCUGAAACUAUAAUGGCACUGGAAUAUCUACAUAACUAUGGUGUGGUUCAUCGAGACCUAAAGCCUGACAACUUACUAAUUACCUCCAUGGGACACAUUAAACUUACUGAUUUUGGACUUUCAAAAGUUGGCUUGAUGUCUUUGACUACUAAUACAUACGAAACCGUGUUCAUGGAUCGUCAAAUCCGUGGCACACCGGAAUACAUUGCCCCUGAAGUAAUCAUGCAUCAAGGAUAUGGACCUCCAGUCGAUUGGUGGUCAGCAGGAAUAUGCCUAUAUGAAUUUGUAGUCGGUUGCGUGCCAUUUUUCGGAGAUACUCCAGAUGAGCUGUUCACUCAAGUUAUAAGUGAGGAGAUUGUUUGGCCUGAGGGUGAUGAAUGCCUGCCAGAAGAUGUCGUUGAUUUAAUUUCACAAUUACUAGAUCGUGAGCCUGAAAGACGACUCGGAACACAAGGCGCACUAGAGGUGAAAGAACAUAAUUUUUUUAUAAACUUGGAUUGGACAAGUCUUUUGAGACAGAAAGCUCAAUUUAUUCCAUCUUUAGACGAUGAUGAAGACACAAGCUAUUUUGACAAUCGUAGUGAGCGAUAUUGUCAUGAUAUUGGAAAUUCCGAUGACGAGACAGCGGACGAAGAAAUCAUUCAACUUGCAAAUUUCACAUCUAGCACAAAAAGAUAUUCACAAACGUUCCAGACUCCGAGGAAAUCAUUGAACGAUGAUAAAACAAAGUUUCAUUUACUAUCAAAUGCACAUCGUCGUACCUCACAAGAGUCAUCGAACGACAGUGAUGCUUCUCCACCACUAACUGCAAGAUCAUCUAUCUCUGCACACGAAUGUGAAUCUCCACCGCUAUCGGGUGUUUCCGUAUCCAGUUCUCGUGUUAGCGACGUUCCAAAGUUUUUCAUCUCUGGCGAAUCUGAAAGUGAAUGUCUUUCUGCAACAGAAAGUGAAGUAAAAGUUGAGGUUGCGAAGUCUGACAAAUCUACAAAAGAAAAUAACAAAAUUGGUGAUGAUGUCAUCAAUUCUAUUGGAAAUGAUGAUAUCACAGAACUGAAUAAAAAGAAUGAUAGAACGUCGAGUAUAAGCAGCUCUGGGAGUGAGGCUUCUGAUUCUAAAUCGCCACUUCCAUCUUUCCAUCGCAGUACGAGUUCGGAAAGUUCAGUUGAAAGUGGUGGCAAUAGCCCGCUUUCAUGUUCACGGGCCGAUUCUGGUACUAAAAUUUCGGUGGAGGAUCAAAUGAAGGCAAACAAGCCCCUGCCAUCAAAAAUAGAAACGAAAAUUGAAAUUCCAGGUCACAGAAAACUAUGUCAAACCUUGUCUGAUAUCACACCACCACCCUUGCCACGUAAUUCUCUGCUUGGUCAUAUCGGUGGCCCUAAAUCACCAGAAAUGGGUUCACUAAGCAGCAUCAAGAAAUCACGAAGUAUGUCUGCAGAUAGCCCUCUCGUGGUGAAUGAAUGUACUCCAAACAAAUCAGGGAAAACUCUCACAAAGCCAGCCCACAGUCAAGGAUUACUGACGCCGGUAGGCCCAAUUUUCACGAAGCAAGCCCUUUCUCGAUCAGUUUCCAGCACCAUAGAUGAGCGAUCUCAUUCGAUUAACACACCCUCACCACUCGCAUUAUCGAAUGUUUCACCCACUCAAAUCUUACAGAACAAUCCUACUCAGCGUUUACACACCCCUGCUACUCAUCCUCACCAUCACCAUCAUAAGCACAGAUAUCGGCGACUGUCAUCAUCGUCCACUCCUGGGUCAAUGCCUCAUCACAUCGUGAACUCAGUCAAGACACCUUCUCAACCUGGUGCUGGUGCUAAAAUGCUAGCAGAGCGAGGUAUCAUGGAUCAAUCAUCUUUUAUACCUGCACACAGCUCCAGGUCGAGUCCCGCAAGUAGUAAUAGUAGUGGAAAUACAAGCCCUGAUAUGUCAGUACUGAGUCCAGGGACACCUCACGGUUCUCAAGCUGAAGAACCACUAAGUAGACAUGUUAUGUUAAGUAAUAUUACAGAUCUGAAACAUCGACAUUUAAGUGGUGAUUUGAAGAGAUCUCGAUCAUUGAAACGUUUCAUGAAAUCAUCGAGCUCCUCGUCAUUACAGCUUGUUAUCCCAACGAAUGAAGACGGCAGCCUUCCUCCUUCACCACUUGCCAGUCCACUUGCGUUCAAUACUGCUUUCAACUAUAGUAACACUACUGCUGGGACAUCGAUGCCGAGUUCUCGCGAGUCUUCACCAGGUCGCUCAUUCUCACCUAUCCCAGGGUCACCAAAACCCCAAAUCGUCAUCAAGCGUGCUGCACAUGGGUUCGGUUUUAAAAUGCAAGGUACUCCAGUGUUCUUUGGCAACAAAGGAAAUUCAUUCACAGUUCAUCAUAUUGUAAUGUCUGUGGACGAAAAAGGACCGGCAUACGAAGCAGGGUUGCGUGUUGGAGAUCUCAUAACAAAAAUUAACAACGAAUUUGUCCAAGGUCUUGUCCAUACAGAUGUUCUUGAGAUCAUGUAUAAAUGCAAAGAUAAGGUUACUAUUCAAGCAAUGCCGAUUGAAAGCACGAGCAUCACUGUCGGAAAACGAAACAAAAAAGGCAAAGGAAAACUUGUGAGACGCCGCAAGAAAAGAGCUUCGUUUUAUCCUCGAAUAUCAGUUUCGUCUAGUUCGAAAAAUCAGGGAGGGUCAGGAUCUUCUUCUGUUACCAUCGCUCCUGAUGGUUUUCAAUACACCAGGAAGAGAAGAAGCUCGUUGCUAAGAAGAAUAUUACCUAGAGGAGAGGUACGAGGCCACUCUCCACUUCUGACUCAAAGCCGUAGUUUGCAUGCAAUUCCUAAACAACACAAUUCCGUAUCAUCUGGGGACAGUGGGCCAACAUCACCCACUCGAAGUAUCUCACCCCGAUCGCCACCACAUCGUGCUCGGGAACCAGAUUUUAACGUAUCAUCUCAGAGUACAAGUCCAAAUCCGAGUUUGUCCGAAAGUCCGGCAACAACAUCCGUUGCUCCCAUUAUUAUUUCAAAACCCAUUCGCAUAGACGGAACAAAAAGUCCGGGAAUGUCAUCAAACAGAAUUACUCCGAUUGGUGCUACAUCAGCAUCAAGACCACGAUCCCUGCAAGGAAUCGGUCAUAAACUGCGCAAUUUAAGAUCGUCCUCUCGUCGGAAAUCGAUCGGCCACAUUCCUCUCUCACCACUUGCACGGGCUUCGUCACCAUCCCCACUAUCCCUAACUGAUUCGUCAUUAGCCGUACCUGAACAAGCAGAAACAGGAAACGAGCAGGAAACGCAAGAAUCUCCUAUCACAAAGAAAGGAUUAGAGAGACAUCAGAGUAAUCCAGAAACUGAUAAAGUUACUACUAUUCACGAAGAAAACAUUGUUGCAACUCCGAUACCCACCAAGCAUGCAUCAACUUCAUCGAAGGUUUUUAAUCUACUAAAGGGUUCAUCAAAGCAAAAAUCAAAGCCAGAAAAGCGUUCCAAAAAUUUGAAGGCGGCGGCUCCAAGUCCCAUCGCAGAAACAGGAUCUGAGUUGACUCCUGGAACUACCAAGGAAGGUGGGAAAGCCAACAGUGCCGUGUUGAAUUCCCCAAAAGUGCAAUCUAAACAUAAAGAUAAAACAAAGCCUGAUCAAAAAGACGAUAAUUUAUGAAAUAACUGAGGAGAAACUUUAGCACAAGAUUAAUAUAAUUUUAUAUCAGCCUAUGUUCCUUUAGUUCCAGUGGUGUUAUAGCGUCAGGCGCUCCAACACACACAUCGUCUUUAUAUGUUUUUGCCACUGAAAGAGAUUCUGAUUUUUUCAUCACUUGAAGGAAAAUCGCGUUUACAAUUAUCCCGAAUUAUGUUUUCCUUUUUUUUGUUGUUGUUAUUUCUUGUCAUUUUCCAAUCGGAAUUUAUUUUUCAUCGCGCGUGGUCUCUAGAUUUACCGCACUUUCAUAUGAGUGUUACAUCUAUUGCCCAUGCCCAACUGCCUAUAUGUGAGAAAUAAUUUUGAUUUCUUUGUUUCUACACUGUGAAAUGAAUAUCCGCAUGUCUCAAAUCUGGCUUUUAUUACGUCACGAUAUAUAAUGAAUAGUUUUUGACUGAUGAAGAAAAAUUAAUUUUUACAAAGUGUAUUUGAUAGGUGUACCAGAUAGCUGCUAUCAUAUCAUAUUGAAAAGUCAUUUCGGAUGAUGCUGUUUCAGACCAGAUGCGCUUUUCAUUGCCUUUCUUUCAAUAAACAUGUUUACCAUAUUGGUAUGCACAAAAAAACGCUCAAAUUUCGUUUCCAUAGCUUGACAACUGUCUUUCUUGUACUAAUCGAAGGUGGCACAGUAAUUUGCGGUUUCAUAAUUACAUCCCGCCCAACACUUGGGUCUGUCAUGACAAAUGCUUAUUACUUUAUUUUUCGUAUUCUUUUUUGAACAGGUGCUGCGGCCUAUGCGUUUAAAUUUAAAAAAUCUAUCAUAUUUUUUUUAUAUUAUUGUGAAUAUUGUUGUUAUGAUAUUAUUAUUAUAUUGUUCUAUAAUUGUGUAUAAAACACGAAGAAAACAUUAUUUGCUACUUUAUUUUCAUAUUAAGCUUCGAUUUUGGGGUAUGUAUCAUUUUUCUUUCCUCUCAAAUCUUUUUGUUACUCGUCCGGUCCUCGGAUCGAGUUUUCAUCGCACCAGAAUAAAACUAUCAUCCGGGUAUCACCCUAUGCUGAUCCCGAUUGACAACAUUGAGUCAUUGUUGUAUCAUUUUCUAUUUCUAUUAUUUUUUCACAUCGAAGACGAAUAUGUAGUCAAAUUAAUGGUAAAUCCAAAUGGAUUAUCAUGCCAUUAAUGGUCUGUACUAAAUCAUGUCACUAUAUUUGUCGGAUCGUGCUUCAUUGUUAACGUUCAUUUGGUUGAAAUUGAUUUGACAUAUGUGUGCUUUGUCAGAUAGUUUUGAAUUCUGAAAUGCUAUGUACUGGUAAGUUUCUGCUAUUCGAGCUCAUGUGGAAAUUUUUGAAAUAAAAAUGUUCUGAAGAUA